AUGGAGCAGGAAGCAGCCGCCCGAGGCAAAGGCGCGCGAAAGGGCAGCGCGGCCCCCCCGGCCCGGGCGGAAGGUCCCGCCAGGCCAGCCUCAGCCCCCAAGGGGCCAGGCAGAGGGCAGCAGCAGCAGCAGCAGCCGCCUUCCCCCCGGGACCCCGUCGAAGGCGCGGCGUGGCUCGGGAAGGCAGGGGAGGGGUCUCCUCAGGCGGAGCAAGGAAGCGCCCCCAGCAGAAGAAAAGCCCCCCCGCAGAAAAGCCCCCCCCAAGCAGACCGGCGGGACCCAGCCGGGAAAAGCAGCCCUCCCGCCCAGGGCCGAGGGGCUGUGCGCAAGAAGCAGGCGCGCCCCGUCGAGGCGAAGGCGCUCGCGGAGGAGAAGGGAGCCGCGGCCUCGGGAGGCGCCCCCCGGCCCAGAAAGCAGGGGCCCCCAGCCCAGCAGGAGCCGCACCGCGGGGAGACAGGCGCGGCCCCGCCAGGGAGAAAAGCGGCCCCGCAGGAGAAAAGGGCCCCCGACGCCCAGGAGCCCCAGCAGAAAGGAGCGGCGGCGGCGGCGGGCGGGAGGAGCUCGCUCCGGCCGGUGCUGCGGAGGCUCAGGUUGCGCAAGGCGGAGAUUUCGCAUAACUCCCGGCGAGUUAACUGGGUGCGAGACCUGCUGGUCAAGGCCAUCGCCAGGGAGGGGUGCUUCGGCUCCGUUGCCAUACUGGGCACCGGCAGCUACUACGAGCACACCAAGAUAACUAAACCAGACGAAUUUGACAUUAUGCUUAAAGUGCCAGAAGUAAGACUUGAGCUGGAGCCAUAUGAUACCUGUGAUUACAAGGAUCCUUAUUAUUUAGUAAAAUUGAAAAGGAAUCCUACAUUAAAGCAGCUAAAUAAAUUUGCUGAUCAGGAACAUCUUUCAGCUUCCAAAAUCCUUUCAGAACUGAGGACCAUUAUUACAGAUGAAGUAAAGACUAUAAAUGAAAUGAAGGUAACUGUGGAGAGAGAAAAACCUGGAAGCCCAGCAGUUACUCUUCAAAUUGGAGAACCACCCUCGCGUAUAUCGGUAGAUAUCAUUCUUGCUUUGGAAAUGACGGGUACUACCUUGUGGGACAGUCGAAAGGGAGGACCAGACGUUAAAAAAUGGCUCGGAGCACAAAUGGAGAGGCAACUGUACCGGCAGCGACGGUGCCUUGUGCCCAAGAAUGUUAAAGUGGGCGCACACUUCAUAGACACAUGGAGGCUCUCUUUUUCACUUGCUGAGAAAACUAUAAUCAAGUAUCACGGCAAUGCAAAAACAUGCUGUGAAGAUAAUGGAAAAAAAUGCUGCAGGAAAGAUUGCCUUAAGCUUCUGAAGUAUCUUCUGGAACAGCUUAAAACAAAACAUCAGAGCAGAAAUCAAUUUAACAAAUUCUGUUCUUACCAUGCCAAAACCGCCUUUUUCCACACAUGUGCCAAGUGGACCAGUGAUGAUGAAUGGCUCCCUGAAAAUUUUGAUGAGUGCUUUGAAAGACUUUUGAAUUAUUUUUUAGAUUGUCUCAGAAUUGUUGAGCUUAAACAUUUUUUUAUUCCUGAAUACAACUUGUUCUGCGCUGAUUUGAAGUGCAGUAUACUUGCACAAGCAAUUGAAAGUGAGCAAACCAAUGGAUUCCCAAUAUUCAAACAAACAUGA